UGUCACAGUACUCACUUCGUCAUUUGUUAUGUAUUGACAUAGGUUAAAUUUGUCAGUAGACAAGGCUGUACCUGGCCAAUGUGAUUGGAAGGGGAAAGACGAAGCCAAAAUAAUUGAGCAGAUUAACUGUAUUAAGGGACAUACAUUCAAUGGUUUUAAUUGUCGUACGGUAAAUGUGAAUUUGAAUCGGUUGCCAUGUCCUUGCUGACCCAAGUAUUUUCGCCCUGUGACUGAGUUUUGAUGACCAAUGAUGAAAAUCAAGGAAUUUGAAUAGAUGCGAUUUGGAUAACAUUGAAGAGAAUCGCACGAACGUCAAUGUUUUCCAAGCAGAGAGAAAGAAGUCUUCUGGAUAGAACAUCUCACCAGAGGACUAGUAUGACAGUAAAUUGACUGACACGAAUUAUAUUGAAACUCAGUAGUGUUGCAUUUCAUAGCUUUUCAGGAAAAUAUAUGGGCCUGUAUUUGAGAUGUUCUUACAAUAACCUGCGAUAAUCGGAUCAUUGCUAGUUGUGAUCCGUCAAUUCAAUUGAUAUUCUGUUUAGGUAGCAUGAAGCUAACGUUAAAGCUAACUAGCUACUGUAUAUAAGAUGCUGUUAGCAUGGUUGUUUGCCAGCAACAAUGGGCAACAUGACGUAUGUCACAGCAUGUCACUCUAUGGUUAUAUAGUAGAAGUGUCUGUGGGUGUUUGAAGCGUGCAAUCUAUUUAUCCAGAAUACCUGACAUCAUGUAGAAUGUCAAUCAAAGCAGUUUUGAGCUAACUAAAUGCACAUAUUUCUAGGUAGCUAGCCAGUGUAUAACGUUAGCAAUUGGGGUCAGAAAAUGACAGCUGGCAGUAGGGACUGACAUUGUGUACCUUGGGAUUGUGUCCAGCCAUGCAUAAAGCUGACUGCAUUGUCUGAUUGUGGAAAUAGUUAAACGUCAAACAUUACAGAAUCUGUUGUAGUUGGCUUCUGACAGGAAAUAUUUUGACACUAGCUCCAGUUUUGCAGUCUCAGUCAAUAUCAAAGGUGGAAUGGAAUGCACGCUUGUCCUUGUAAAACUGACUUGUAUUGCGUAAACGCCACAAUCACCAGUUUGCUUGACAGUUAAAGCAACGUUUAGGUGGAUACAUUGUUGCACCAGGGUUCUGAUAUCAAAAGAGAGCAUCCUUCAACGUGCCUCACUAAAGAAAGAACCUUAAGACACAUGACCUAAAUUGGACAGUUACUUUGACAAUGGAGACGGUUGGAGACUUUGAAUACAGCAGAAAGGACCUGGUGGGACAUGGGGCUUUCGCUGUGGUGUUCAAAGGAAGGCACAGAAAGAAGACAGAUUGGGAGGUGGCCAUCAAGAGCAUUAACAAGAAGAACCUCUCCAAGUCCCAGAUCCUGCUUGGCAAGGAAAUCAAAAUCCUCAAGGAACUUCAACAUGAGAACAUUGUGGCACUUUACGAUGUCCAGGAAACUCCCAACUCUGUGUUCCUGGUCAUGGAGUACUGCAACGGUGGCGAUCUGGCUGACUAUCUGCAAGCCAAGGGGACACUGAGAGAAGACACUCUGAGGGUGUUCCUCCAGCAGAUAUCAGCAGCAAUGAGGAUCCUCAACAGUAAAGGCAUCAUCCACCGAGACCUGAAACCACAGAACAUCCUGCUGUCAUACACCAGCCGCAAGAGAUCCAGCAUCAACGGCAUCCGCAUCAAAAUAGCUGACUUUGGCUUCGCACGAUACCUCCAGAGCAACAUGAUGGCCGCCACGCUGUGUGGCUCCCCCAUGUACAUGGCCCCAGAAGUGAUCAUGUCUCAGAACUAUGACGCCAAGGCAGACCUGUGGAGCAUUGGAACUGUCGUCUACCAGUGUCUCGUAGGGAAGCCCCCUUUCCAGGCCAACAGUCCUCAAGACCUGAGGAUGUUCUAUGAGAAGAACAAGUCGCUGCUACCCAUCAUCCCGAGGGAGACGUCUCCUUCCCUUUGCAACCUGUUGCUAGGCCUGCUGCAGAGGAACCAGAAGGACAGGAUGGACUUCGAUGCGUUUUUCAGUCAUCCUUUCUUAGAUCCAGCUUCUGCCAUCAAAAAAUCAUGUCCUGUUCCAGUACCCAACUGCCCUAGCGCUGUGACCGACAUCAUAUGUGGUAGCUCACCCUCUGUUCGCUACAACUCCCCUGCCUCUCUCCCAGACAUGCAGACCUUACCUGAGGACUGUCUGUCGUCGCCCCCCCUGGGCCCUCCAAACUACCUGCAGCUGUCUAAGGAGUCUGGGGGAAGCACCAGCAGCAAGAACUCCUCAAGCGACACGGAUGACUUUGUCCUGGUGCCACACCUCUCCACAGAGUCUUAUGACCAGCCAAUGGGAGCAGUGGGGCAUCGGCCGUCUGGAGAGUGGUGUGGAGGGCAGCCACAGACCACCGGACAGACCCCCAUGGUGUCCCCCCGGGCAGAGACUACACCCAUCCCUGUGCCCACCCAGGUGCGGAACUACCAGCGCAUCAAACAGAACCUCUCCAACAGCCCCACCACCACGCUAUAUGGCUCACACAGGUCUGGUACAGUGAGGCGGUCCAACACCAGUCCCAUGGGUUUCCCUAAGGUUGGCUCUGGGUCCCCCAGCUCUGCAGACUGCAGCCCUCAGAUGACAGGCAGACGUCUCUCUAUAGGCAGCUCCCGCCCAUACUCCCCCUCACCUCUGGUGGGCACCAUCCCAGAGCAGCUGGGUCACUGUUGCUGUGGACACCCUCAGGGCCACGAGUCCCGCAGCCGCAGCUCCUCAGGAGGUUCUCCAGUGCCGCCGUCCCAGUUCCUGGGUGGUCGCCUGCAGAGUGUCCCCACCCUGACUGAGGUCUACCACACUAGACAGAAACUCCACAAGCAGCUGUCAGACCCCAUCCAGCCCUCCACCUGCAACUACCCCCCCAGCCACUCCCCCCACCUGGGUCGCCCUGGCAACCUGGGCACCUCCCCCCGCUCCUCUGAUUGGCUGACGAAGUCACCUCUGCCCACAAUAAUUGGCUCCCCCACCAAGCCCAUCUCAGCCCCAUUUAAGAUACCUAAGACGCAGGCAUCCUGUAACCUGAUGGCCCUGGCAGACAGUCCCACACCCACUAAGACCCUGGCGGACGCACGGGACAUCUGUGCCCUCCACUGUACCCCCUAUCCCAGUGGACGCCAGUCUGCCCCUGAGGCCAGCAGGACCACAUUUGGCAGGUCUGUCAGUACUGGCCGUCUGUCUGAACAGCCAGUCAGAAUCACUCUAGGGGGACAGCCCUACCAGGGAAGCACAGACAGCCUCAACACAGAGCGGCCCAUGGAUACAGCACCAGCAGGACCGUUUGGGCUGGCUCAGCCUCGGGGCGGGGCGGCGAGUCCCCGGACCGUUCUCUUCACCGUGGGCUCGCCCCCCAACAGCAGCACCCCCCCUACCUGCAGCCACUUGGGCACCCGGCCGCGCACCACCUCAGUGGGCUCCAACAGUUCGGCAGGCUCCCUGUGCUCCACCAGUGGGCGGGUGUACGUGGGCUCUCCUCCGGGCAUGGCCAUCGGGGCCUCUCCCCCAGGGGGUGCAGAGGCAGGUCCCAGCAGCCUACGCUAUAUCCCCUACGGUACCUCUCCCCCCAGCCUGGACGGAUUCAUCACCUUUGAGGCCCCAGAGCUGCCUGAGGAGACACUCAUGGAGCGAGAGCACACAGACACUCUGAUGCACCUACGGAUGAUGCUGUCCUUCACCGACUGUGUUCUGGAGAUCGCAGCGGUGCGAGCAGGAGGGGCAGACCUGGGCGUAUCGGCUGCCUCCCUCUACCCUUCUCAGGAGAGUGUGGUAGUGGACCAGAUCAGCCAGCUCAGCAAGGAGUGGGGGCAGGUGGAGCAGCUGGUGCUGUACAUGAAGGCUGCCCAGCUCCUAGCCUCCUCCCUCCACCUGGCCAAGGCCCAGAUCAAAUCAGCCAAGCUCAACCCUUCCAGUGCCGUCAAGCAGGUGGUGAAGAGUCUGAACGAGCGUUACAAGAGCUGCAUCUCCCUGUGUCGGCGGCUCACAGACAAGCUGAACCACUUCUUCUCAGACAAGCAGCGCUUUGUAGACGAGAUCAACAGCGUGACCGCAGAGAAACUCAUCUAUAACCACGCUGUGGAAACGGUGCAGUCUGCAGCUCUGGAUGAGAUGUUUCAGCAGACGGAGGACAUAGCCUACCGUUACAACAAGGCUGCCAUGCUGCUAGAUGGCCUGUCCAAGAUCCUCCAGGACCCUGCAGACAUCCAAAAUGUGGCCAAGUACAAGGCCAGUGUGGACCGGAGAAUCUCUGCCCUCUGCUACUGCACCGUCACACUGUACGAGUAGCAGACCACACACACAUAUCAGGGUCAGUUGUGACCUCUCUGCCCAGAGGGACCACUCUCUACCCUGACAAUAGAACAGUGAGGACAAGCACGGAACCCCAAUGUUCCCUCACGUAGCAGUCCAAGCACCUUUCCGUUUGGAUCUUUUUCUGAGUUUAAGGAAACAACACGGCAGAUCGUGUAACACCUCCUUUGGCAUCGCAGACUGAACGAUGAAGUGCGUGAGAGAUGAUGCACACAUUCACUACCAAAGAUGAUCAAAUGAUCCUGGAACUGAGACAUUCACAGGACAUGAACAAGACGCAGGCAUCUUCUUGCGUGCUGUCUGUCAACCGAAUACAGUGGGACGGGGACACACAAACUCUACCCAGCUUUUUGUAUCCGACUUGCAGGAUUUUUACAUUUUGUACUAGAAGAAAGAGAUGGAUAUAAGGACAAUCUAUCAUGGGCCCAGAGACUUAUACACCCAUGAAAAAUACAUAUUUUUUAAUGCAAAUCACAGAGGUUAUUAUAAUGUAAAGGUUUUUACUCUGUAUUAGUAUUGCUGUUGGGAUUAUUUAUUGUUUUGGAAUAGGAGGCUGUUGUGAUGCCUGUCUGACAUUGUCUUUAGUAUUGAAGUAGAAAGAAGGAGUAUAUGAGAUUAGUCCAUUUAAAGGCGUAUAUGAGAUUAGUCAAUUUAAGGGCAGUCAGUCUAGCCAAUCCUGUAACAAAUACACACACUCAAAUGCCAAAACACACACUUUACAAUACAUGUACAAACAAGAACACACAGUUUUAUACACAGGGAAGGAAGCCUGAAGAGCAAACAACCAUGUAGAUUUGUAAUUAGAUUUCUUUUUUUUUUUUUUUCAUUUGUUAGCUGAAGCACUUUAUUGUGAAAAGUGGGGGGGACACUUUGUCCUGACAGGUUAGGAAAGAGAAAUGUGAAGGCUGUUAGUUGUAGCUCAGGUUGGUUAAAGGGAUGGGGGUGGGGGGGGGUUCUCUCACCCUCUUCAACCCACAACACCACUUGCCCUGCCACAGCUCUCCCUCUCAUUGCUGCGCAACCUGCUCGCACACUCUGACUGUUAAAUGUUGCCGUGGAAAUGGGGUGAGGGGUCGUAAGAAACGUCCAGUCUCUACACAUCCCACACCACUGGUGGGCUUUUAGAAUAGUAUGGCAAGAAAAAGCCUGUGGUUGACAGAGAAUCGGACUAAAAUGUAUGUUUUCUUUGCCCAUGGAACUUUUAGUGUUGACCAGCACAUGCCCCUAGGCAUUUGGGGAGGAAGGGUUCCUGAUCAGUUAACCAAGGGGGAACGCCCCUCUCCUGGGUGAAUCAAGAGAAAACAGUCAAAUUACUUGAGUAGUUUUCGCUAAAUAAUACAGAAACAAGCUUUUUUAUGUUCAUACAUGAAUAACUGUAACUAAUUUCCAAGUGAAUUGAUGUUUCAAAAGUGUAAAUAUUUGUAUGUUGUGCAUGGGAUUUUGUUUUCCUGAGUGAAUGUGUGUGAGAGAGCACAGUGAGAGAGUUAGGGGGUCAGUGAGCAAGACGACGCCAUUGGAUGCCCUGCCUCUCGAUCAAAGAGCACAAACAUUUGUAUGUACUUUUAACCACGCCUGCCACGGGUUCAAGUCAAUCUAUCCCCACUAGAGGUCCCUGGCACAGAGGAAUGUGCCAAUCACAAGGCAGCUGCUCCAAACAUCUCCACACAACCUCUUCUUUCUACUAGGACUGUUCAUAUACUAUACCGGAUGGGGAUUCUGUGUGGAGAGAUCAAAUCUACUGUGUUGGAAGUAAAGAAAGGCACUGCCUAGCAUCCAUUCAAGUCUUCUCCGCUCUCUCCCCACGCAGCCGCUGUGCUUGCAAUGCAGUAAUGUUAGUGAGUCUGCACACGUCAGGUAUACAAAAGGCCAGUGAUCAGAAAGUCCAUUACAGAAGAAGAGCUGCCUCAUAAGCCUAAUUGAAAAGUGGGCAGACUCCUUUGAUUUCCUAUUGUACAAGUGUGAAUAGUGUGUAAAUGUGUAAACUUGCAACUGUUGGCCACUUGCUCUGUCUAUGAUGUACUGUUCCUUUUUUAGACAUAUCCAAGUUUCUGCGGUUUAUUUAGUUUUUGCUCUUGUGCCCUCUCCCUUUGCUCGUGAGCACUCCGCACCACAAAAAGCCUUUUCUGCACACUGAGUGGAGGGAGAAGUACAUUAAAACAAUAGUCAGAAACUGUCUGAACUUACCAAAUCCAUGCAUCUAUUUAUAGUGCUGUAGAUUUAGGCCACACUCCCUCACUAGCAGUAGUUUAUGAAGAAUGGAGUACUAACGAUGGACUGUUUCAGAGACGAACCAUUGGUACUGAGCACAUGUUAUAUCCCGUAGAGUGAAUGUAUUCACCCUCCCAGUCAUUUGCACCUCAGACUAGCUGAAUGCAUACAAAGUUACCAACCCUUGUGAUGGUUAAGCCCCCCUCCCCUGCACCAACCAUGACAAUGAAACUGAAUUUCCACACCUAUUUUUCAAUGACAAAUGUUGAUGUGUUACUUGAUGUGAGUUAAAGGGCAUCUUUCUUUAUGGAACUCUACAAAUGCAGCCUUUGUUAAUUAAAAAGAAAAGUUGGAACUACA